AUGGAAAGAGUGAGUGUGUUGUGUGCACUGCUGCUGCUGCUCUGCUCUCUGUCAGGAGCUGAACUUCAGGACAAUGAGAUCAGUGACCAAAGACAAGCCAGUCCUGAGAGUGUGAAUGUGCCAGAGCAGCCUCAGCCCUGUCCACCAGACCUCCACGCUGUGCUCCGACACAUGAGCACCGCCCUGGACGAACACAGAGUCAAGAUCGAGCAGCUGCAGUGUCUCAACCAAGAACAAACAAAAAAAAUUAGAGAACAAGAAGCUGAACUGAGAGAGCUGAAGACCAGAGAUGUGGAGACACUGAAACAACAGCAACAAGGCCAAGCUGCUGAACUUAACAGCAUAAAGACUCAGACAAAUGUGACUGAAAACCAUGUGACGUCCCUGAGGAGAGACAGAGAAGGAGCUGAACUUCAGGACAAUGAGAUCAGUGACCAAAGACAAGCCAGUCCUGAGAGUGUGAAUGUGACAGAGCAGCCUCAGCCCUGUCCACCAGACCUCCACGCUGUGCUCCGACACAUGAGCGCCGCCCUGGCCCAACACAGAGUCAAGAUUGAAGUACAAGAAGCCAACCUGAGAGAGCUCGAGCAGAAGACCAGUGAUGUGGCUGAACACAGAGUCAGGAUCGAGCAGCUGCAGUCUCUCAGUCAAGUGGCUUUCUCCGCCUCUUUAGUGGCUUCAGGAGAAGUAAUCCUCGGCCCCUUUAACACUCACACUAAUCUGGUCUUCAGACACGUGGUCUCAAACAUUGGAAACGCCUACAGCCCAAACACAGGGUUUUUCAUUGCACCGGUCAGAGGGGCCUACCACUUUGAGUGGUACAUUGGUGCACAGGGACAUACUUCACAUGCUUCAUGUGCUGUGUUGGUGAAGAAUGGAGAACAUGUUUUUAUUUCUUAUGAACAUCAGACAAAUGAUUACGGCACUGGAGCCAAUGGAGUCACUUUGCUCCUGGAGGCUGGAGAUGUUGUGUUUCUGCGUCAGUGGGAGAAUUCAAGAGUCUAUGAUAAUGGAAAUCACCGCAGCACGUUCAGUGGUCACCUGCUGUUCCUCAUGUGA